ACCUAAAAAAAACAAGAAGACAUAUUGACUUUAAAGUUAAGUUUCAUCGCCUUUGACGGAGUUUCCCACCAACAACAACAUCACAACAUUUAAUAUAAACAAACACUUUCUUUUCCCACAAACCCCUAAACUCCUAAAACAAAUCAAAACUCAAAACACAAACAAUGGCUUUGAGUUUCACACACCAACCCACAAUCAAAACCAUUCUCCAAACUCAAUCCUCUUCCUCCAUCCCCUCUUCGCCUCACUCCCUCCCCUUCCAUGAAACCCGAAAAUCACGUCGGUCACUAUCCGUCCGCGCCUCGGCAACGGCGGCCGAGGUUUCCGCAAAGGUGUCAAGGGAGUACAAUGUCAAGUCGGUGAAGGCGAGGCAGAUCAUUGAUAGUAGAGGGAAUCCGACGGUGGAGGUUGAUCUGGUGACUGAUCAGCUUUACCGAUCGGGUGUGCCGAGUGGGGCUUCUACCGGAAUUUACGAGGCUUUGGAGCUUAGAGAUGGGGAUAAAAGUGUUUACGGUGGGAAAGGUGUUCUUAAUGCUGUGAGAAAUAUUAACGAAAUUUUGGCUCCAAAGCUUGUUGGUGUCGAUGUUAGGAAUCAAGCUGAUGUUGAUGCUAUUAUGCUGGAAAUUGAUGGAACUCCUAACAAGUCAAAACUGGGUGCUAAUGCAAUAUUGGGAGUUUCACUGAGUGUGUGUAGAGCUGGUGCUGGAGCAAAAGGAGUGCCCUUGUACAAACAUAUCCAAGAGAUUUCAGGAACCAAGGAACUUGUCAUGCCUGUUCCAGCUUUUAAUGUUAUAAAUGGAGGCAGCCAUGCCGGUAAUAAUCUUGCUAUGCAAGAGUUUAUGAUUCUACCAGUUGGAGCUACUUCAUUUGCUGAGGCACUUCGCAUGGGCAGCGAAGUGUAUCAAGUAUUAAAGGGCAUAAUCAAGGCAAAAUAUGGACAAGAUGCUUGUAACGUUGGUGACGAAGGAGGAUUUGCUCCCAAUGUUCAGGAUAACAGAGAGGGACUUGUUUUACUAAUUGAUGCCAUUGAGAAGGCGGGUUAUACCGGAAAGAUUAAAAUCGGUAUGGAUGUAGCAGCUUCAGAGUUUUACACUAAGGACAGGAAAUAUGAUUUGAACUUCAAGAAACAGCCAAAUGAUGGAACUCAUGUUCACUCUGCGGAGAGUCUUGGUCAACUUUAUCAAGACUUUGUGAAAGAGUUUCCCAUUGUGUCGAUCGAGGAUCCUUUUGAUCAAGAUGAUUGGAGUUCAUGGGCCUCACUAGGCUCUUCCGUUGAUAUUCAACUUGUAGGAGAUGAUUUGUUAGUUACAAAUCCAAAGAGAAUAGCUGAAGCCAUUCAAAAGAAGGCUUGCAAUGGUUUACUACUAAAGGUUAACCAGAUCGGCACAGUGAGUGAAUCUAUUCAGGCUGCACUUGACUCAAAGGCUGCAGGUUGGGGCGUCAUGGUUAGUCAUCGGAGUGGUGAGACUGAGGAUAACUUCAUCGCCGAUCUUUCUGUUGGAUUGGCCAGUGGACAGAUAAAGACCGGUGCUCCAUGCAGAAGCGAACGGUUGGCAAAGUACAACCAGCUUCUUCGGAUCGAAGAGGAACUUGGAACUGUGCGUUAUGCUGGUGAAGCUUUCAGAUCGCCCUAGAAUGAAAGGCCGCCACGGAUGUCAGAAGUUAUACAUCGAAAUCACUGAAAUCCUGAGUUUUGCUGGUAUAGCUGCUGCUAUCUGGAGUUUUCAAAAGAUCUACUUUUGAUGAGUUAGAGAGUUUGAAGUGUCUUUUAAAUAAAAAUAAUUGAAUCAAACUUGAGUGUUGUAAUGCAAGGAGGUAGUUAAAUGUAACUUAAUGCAGAGACAGAGACAGUUUGGUAGUUGGAAGAUGUAAUUCCACUUAAAAUUAAUUGCAAGUGAGAAACUACAAGCAUUUUGAGAAGA